GCAAUGAUUAAAUAAUAAUUGAAUAAUUCAAUCAUUUAAUUAUUUAUCAAGUUGAGUUCGACUCGGCUCACGAGUCAGUUUUGAUACCAAAUCUGUAACGUGCCAAAAAAAUUUACAAUAAAUAAUAAUUGAAUAACUGUACAGCAGAACAGUCUUCAUUUGAAAUUAGAAGAACGACAAAUUUUAUGACGACCAACGAUUUGGGUUUGUGAACGAGGGUUGAAUCAUAAGAAAGCUCAUAUUACCUUCCAUUGACCUUCCAGGCAGAAUGGAGGCAAAGCAAACCAGUCUGCAUCUCGGAAAUCAGGACUCAAUUCAGAAUCAGCCGCCGGCGAUCUUUUUCCGUCCAUUCAAAUCCUCAAGAACCGACUUCGACGCCGUCAUGGAUUUCGGCAGCGAUCAACGCGUGAAUCGUACUCUCCAAUUCGAUCCAUUCACGGGCCCCGACGAUGCCGUCCGCUUCAUCGAGACCAUCAUCCUCCCCCACCCCUGGUUCCGCUUCAUCUGCUUAUCAGAUGCCACCGACGAUCGUCCAAUCGGGUCAAUCGUGCUCCGGCCAGAAGAUGCCGGCGGAGGACGGCGUAGGGUUUCGAUUGGAUACAGCGUUGUGCCGGAGUUAUGGGGAAAGGGAAUUGCAACGGUGGCGGUGAGGAUGGCUGUGGCGGCGGCGUUCGAGCAGUGGCCGGAGGUGGAGAGGGUGCAGGCUUUGGUGUUCUUGAAUAAUCCGGCUUCGCAGAGAGUGUUGGAGAAGGCGGGGUUUCAGAACGAGGGGGUGCUGAGGAAGUAUUUGGUUUCAAAGGGUGAGUUAAUUGAUGUGGCUAUUUACAGUUUUAUUGCCGCAGAUUGCAGGGCUUUCUGAUGGUGAAGAAAUCGUAGAUAGUCCCUUCAGAAGAUGCAAAUAAACUGUUUGUUCAUUUGCCCCACUCACAAUUAUCCA